AUGCCGCCCCGGGCGAAUGCCCGGUUCGCCCGUGCUCGAAGGGAGUCUCGCCCAGGGUACGAUGAUCUAGUGGAAGAAAUUGUGAAAAAUUCAUGUGACCCUAAUCAGAAAGUCUUGGACUGGAACAAGAUGACGCCGCUGCACUGGGCAGCGUCCAUAGGCCAAACUGAAGUGGUUCAGAUACUGAUUGAAAAUGGAGCAAGGGCUUGUUUUAGGACGGAUAAUGGAUGGACGGCUGCACACUUUGUAGCGGAGUCUGGAAGACUAGCAGUACUACGACUCCUGCAUUCCCUCCAUGCACCUGUAGAUGACUCUUCUGGGGAUAAUCCGGUCAGGAUUGCUCAAAUCUAUGGACAUUAAGAAAAUGGUGUUCGCUGUAUUUCCAGGGCAGAGAUUGAGAGCAGGAACUAUCGGCAAAUGGCAAAUUUAAAUGGGCUGCCCUUAGAUGAUACUGAUGAAGAAUGGGAACAGGAGAGAAAAGCCAGACUGCAAGAAAAAAAACAAUUAAAAAAAUGCACCGACUAA